AUGAAUUUAUAUAUUACCGCCACCUGUAUCCUGCUGCUGUCCGCUGGUGCAUUUGCCGAUCCCAUUAAGGAUAAUAAUGUCGUCACACCGGCUAGUGGUUUUAAUAAGUGCUUGGAAGCUGAUUCUAUCUCGUGCCUCCAACUAACGCUCUUCCGCAAAGCUAGAUCAUUCUUUGAAAAUCCACAAAUCGAAGUCUUCGGCGGCGUCUCACUCAUCAAAUCUAACGAAGGACGUCAGGGUAAAUCGCUCGAUGACAAUGCUGUUGCCGUGGAGGCAGCACCCAGCGUUGAGGCACGCACCAGCGAAAUGGGCACCUAUUUCAUGAACCACGCUAAGAACUUCUUUGCCGAACGCUCGUUGAACUUCAACUUUGCCAAUGCCGCACGCUCGGUAGCACGUGCCAUUCCCGAUGACAUCAAGGCUGAUUUGCGUGAAUUGGUUGUUGAGUCGCGUACUAAGAAGAAGAAGUUGUUGAAAAAAUUCUUGCCAAUCUUGUUGGGUGUCGGUGCUAAGGUCGCUGUUUUGGGUGUCGGUGCUAUCUUCGGUCUGCUCUUCUUGGCCAAGAAGGCCCUCGUUGUGUCCGUGAUUGCUUUCUUCUUGGCCUUGGCUGCUGGUGCCUCAAGUGGUCUAAGCCGUUUGGGCGGCGGCGGCGGCGGUGGUCUGCUCGGCGGUCUCGGCGGAUUGUUCGGCGGCAAGAACUCCGGCAGUUCCAGCGGUAGCAGCGGUGGCUGGUCAUCAGGCGCUGCCUCAGGCGGCUGGUCAUCUGGUGGCAACUCCGGCUGGGACUCCCAUGGUGCCUACAGCUCGCCAGUUGCGCAAACAAUCGCCUACUCUGGCUAUAAGCAAGCCAGACGGUAA